GAAAGAUUUAACAAAUGUUCCAAGAGGUCUCGUAAGAAAGUUUGUAGAAAAACAUAAUGGUCACAAUGUAAUCACAAAAAUUUUAAUGUCGAAUAAUGGUAUAGCGGCUGUUAACGAGAUUAGAUCUAUUAGAAAAUGGGCUUAUGAAACAUUUGAUUUAAAGAUUAAUGCUGAAUAUAUUCGUAUGGCUGAUCAAUAUAUCGAAGUACCUGGUGGUUCUAAUAAUAAUCAUUAUGCUAACGUUUCAUUAUAUCGCCGAACGUACUGGUGGGAUAACCCUAAAUUACCCGAAUCAUUAGCGCGAAGUAAACAUAAGAUAGUUUUCAUUGGUCCUCCCGGUUCAGCGAUGCGUUCGUUAGGUGAUAAAAUAUCAUCUACGAUUGCUGCAAAUGUUCCUACGAUGGAUUGGAGUGGUAAUAAUGUCACACUGAUGAACAAGCAAAUUCCUAUCAUAAUCAAAUCUUCAGAGGGUGGAGGAGGAAAAGGAAUUAUAAAAGUGGAAAAUAAAGAUAAUUUUAAGCAAGCAUUUGCUCAAGUUCAAGGUGAAGUUCCUGGUUCACCGACUUUCAUCACGCGACUUGCUCCAGAUGCUCGUCAUCUCGAAGUUCAAGUUUUAGCGGUUCAAUACGGAAAUGCGAUCUCCUUAUUUGGAAGGGAUUAUUCGGUUCAAAGACGUCAUCAAAAGAUCAUUUAA